CCCAGAGGGCACACAGGGCCGAGGCGGCCGCCGGGGGCGCGCAGGCGCGGCGUCCCUGUUUGUCGGCCCAGGAGAAGGGAGGAGGUACCUUCAAGUCAAAACCCUAUCCCAGAAGGAGCUAAACGGUCUUGACUUGGGCCGGAACAAGACACCAGUACCCCGCAGAGCCUCACAGUGGAUGGAGGACGCCCAGCCUUGAGAUCAACGCUAGCCCGGCCAGCCUGGCCGCUGGGUUUACGGAACCGGCCGGCAGGCGUGCCCAAGCCGCUCAGGGCCUAACCUCAGGUCCUCGGCCAGGGGCAUAGGCUCUGGCCUGGCAGCAAGGCUUUCUCUUCCUCUUGGAGCUACAGCCGGACCAGACCGGAACCAGAGCCUUCCCAGAGAGCAGUGAGUAGCCGGGCCUGGGCCUCCCGUCGGGGCCGGACUGGGACGAGGCCCCGGGGAGGCCCCUAGGCCACCUUCCUCACCUUCCCUCAAGUCGACGUCCGCCGGGAAAAUGCAACGCGCCCUCCCCGGUGCCCGCCAGCAUCUGGGGGCCAUCCUGGCCAGCGCCAGCGUGGUGGUGAAGGCGCUGUGCGCCGUGGUACUGUUCCUCUAUCUCCUUUCCUUCGCCGUGGACACGGACUGCCUGGCGGUCACCCCGGGCUACCUUUUCCCACCCAACUUCUGGAUCUGGACCCUGGCCACCCAUGGGCUGAUGGAACAGCACGUGUGGGACGUGGCCAUCAGUCUGGCCACAGUAGUGGUGGCCGGGCGAUUACUGGAGCCCCUCUGGGGAGCCUUGGAGCUGCUCAUCUUCUUCUCGGUGGUGAAUGUGUCCGUGGGGCUUCUGGGGGCCUUCGCCUACCUCCUCACCUACAUGGCUUCCUUCAACUUGGUCUACCUGUUCACUAUUCGUAUCCAUGGCGCCCUGGGUUUCCUAGGUGGUGUCCUGGUGGCACUCAAGCAAACUAUGGGAGACUGUGUGGUCCUGCGAGUGCCCCAGGUUCGCGUCAGCGUAGUUCCCAUGCUGUUGCUGGCUUUGCUGCUGCUGCUCCGGCUGGCCACGCUGCUCCAGAGCCCGGCCUUGGCUUCCUACGGCUUUGGACUGCUGUCCAGUUGGGUGUAUCUCCGCUUCUAUCAGCGCCAUAGCCGGGGCCGAGGGGACAUGGCUGACCAUUUUGCUUUUGCCACCUUCUUCCCGGAGAUCCUGCAACCUGUGGUAGGGCUGCUAGCGAACCUGGUGCAUGGCCUCCUGGUGAAAGUCAAGAUAUGCCAGAAGACGGUGAAGCGCUAUGAUGUGGGAGCCCCAUCAUCCAUCACUAUCAGCCUCCCAGGCACAGACCCUCAAGACGCCGAGAGGAGAAGGCAACUGGCCCUAAAGGCUCUCAAUGAGCGGCUGAAGAGAGUGGAGGAUCAGUCUGUCUGGCCCAGCAUGGAUGAUGAUGAAGAGGAGGCUGGGGCAAAAAAGGACAGUCCUCUGCCUUCAGAAAAAGCUUCCACACCCCCAGGGAAGGGGACUGCCCCAGAAUCCAGUCUCAUUACCUUUGAGGCAGCUCCUCCAAAACUGUAACUCCAGACCGCUGAGUGUAGUCCUCUGCCCCCAUGCCCUCCCUGAUGCGUCUCAGCUACUCCAGGGCACUGACUGCCCUGAGGAUGGGGAGGAGGGCCUUCUGGGGGUCUCUUUGGCCUUCUGCUGUUUCUCAGCAACACUACAUGGGACCCUUGCUACCUGGUUCCAACUCCAGACAACCACAAUGCCAGGUAUGGGGCCUCUGAGCAUCAGCCAGUCCAGACCCCCAUUUGUGGUAAGACUGUACCUCAACAGGUGCAGUUCCUCACCAAGGAAGUGGCUGCAGGGACACUGGUGUCGCAGCUUCUGGGCCAGCGUCACAUUCGAAACUGGUUGCCAACAGCCCUGAGCCAAGGCAAGGAUUUGAAAUUGCCAAAAAUGUCCUGGGGGCCCAACCAGUAUGGGUCUGUACAUCUCUGCCCGCCCCCAGACUGCAUUCAUGUCAGGGUUUCUUGUGCCCUUCUGCUGUGGCAGUGACUGUCUAGCCAGAGCCACCACAGCUCCCAGGUAUUUUCUACAGGACCACCUGAGUGGGCAGCCAAGCCCAGCCUCACAGUAUCAAUAAAGCGGUUCUUUGAGGUGUGGCUCCCUGGCUCCGUUAAGCCACUUUGUGCAGCCCUCUCGUCCUUACCAAAUGCAAAAUUAAAUGUGU